AUGGUUGGUAUCAUAUAUUAUGGAUACUCUGAUUUACCCUACGCUAGAUUCUUCUUUUUAACUCUCACCACUGUCCUAGGAACCAUCUCGAUGAUCACCACUUGGAAUCCUAAGUUCAAAUCUGCUGAAUGGAGACCAUAUAGAGCUGCCAUAUUUGUGGCAUUUGGUCUUUCUGCUCUUUGUCCCAUCGGCUAUGGAUUUGCCAGAUUCGAAUUUCAGGAAGCCGUUAGACGUUGUGGCUUUUGGUAUGUCUUGAUGGAAGGUGUGGGCUACAUAUCAGGUGCAUUAUUAUAUGCUUUACGUAUUCCGGAGAGGUUCAGUCCUGGAAAAUUUGAUAUCUUUGGUCAUUCACACCAGUUUUUCCAUGUUUUGGUGGUUAUCAGUGCCUUUUCCCACUUUAAAGGUUUGGUUCAGAGCUACACUUACUCUCACAUCAGAUCAACACUCACAAAUACUUUAUAG